UUAAUAAUGAAAUAAUAAUCCAAAAAUAUAUAUAUAGUAGAAGAUACAAAUACAUGUAAAAGUUUAAAAUAAUCUAUUCAAUGAAAAAAUAUACCGUAAACUUAUUAUGUUUUAAAAAUUGAUAAACACAUAUUAUAAUAUAUACCAAUUUAGAAUUGAAAACAAAAUAUGUAUAUAAAAAUAAAUAAAAACAAAGAUCCGCGCGGUUGCGUGCUUAUAAGGGAGAUAUGAUAAGUCAUAUAUAUAUAAUUAGCAACUUUGAAAAACCAAGCUUUAUAUAAUAAAUUUUUUUAUCAAAAUUCGUUUUUAUUAUCUUAUUAUAUAUAUGUGUAAUAAUUAUAUAUUUAAACACAUGUCAUAAUAUUACAAGAAAAAAUAUUAUCAAAUAGUUUUUUGCGAUUAACUUUUGAUUAGGAUUUUAAAAAAGGAAAAUUACUAUUUAAUAAUAUUUUAAUUACUUUUUAAUAAAAUUCGUUUUUGUUAAUAUCUUAAUAUAAAUAUAUAAUUAAUUAUGAGAUAGAUUAACACAUGUCACAAUCUUAAAAUAUAUAAUUACUAUGUGUCAAGAUCAUGUUAAUUAGCAAUUUUGAACAACCAAACUUUAUAUAACAAGAUGAUUGCCACAUCAACUGUAACGUGUAGUUCUUUUAUAACUAGAAAGUUUGGAGUUGUUCAACAUUUUCCACAAACCCCAAUCCAUUCUCAUAAUGCCUCUCUUCUUCUCCCUACGUUUUCUCUUAUUCUCCGCCAUCGUCGCCCUCCUCGCUUCCAUCGUUCUCUACCGGUUCGACACGUUUGACCCAGCUCCUCUUCCUUCCGAUGCAUUAGUAUACUCCACUGACUCUAUCCCACCGCUUAUCAACAACCAGUUUCUAACCGGAGCUGAGUUUAUCGGUGCUGGGCUUCUCAACAGCCCCGAGGAUAUCGCCUACCACAGAGACUCGGGACUCAUCUAUACUGGUUGUGUUGAUGGAUGGGUGAAACGAGUCAAGGCUUUCGAGUCAGCUAAUGACUCUGUAGUAGAGGACUGGGUCAAUACCGGCGGUAGACCACUCGGCCUCGCUUUUGGACUACACGGUGAAGUAAUUGUAGCAGACGCAUACAAGAGGCUGUUGAAUAUAAGCGAUGACGGGAAGAAGACAGAGUUGUUGACGGAUGAAGCGGAAGGAGUGAAGUUCAAGCUCACUGAUGCAGUCGCCGUUAGAGAUAACGGCGUUUUGUAUUUCACAGAUGCUUCUUACAAAUACAACCUCCAUCACUUUGCGUUUGAUAUAUGGGAAGGCAAACCACAUGGUCGACUCAUGAGCUUUGACCCCAUUACACGAACCACACGUGUCCUACUUAGAGACCGAUACUUCUCUAAUGGUGUCUCUAUGUCUCCUGACCAAACCCAUCUCGUCUUCUGCGAAACCCCCUUAAGAAGAUGCAGCAAGUAUUACAUCAAUGAGGAGCGUGUUGAGGUGUUUAUUGAAAGCUUACCAGGUUAUCCAGAUAACAUCCGGUACGAUGGAGAUGGUCAUUACUGGAUUGCAAUGCCUUCGGGAGUAACAACUUUGUGGAAGCUCUCGUUUAGAUACCCUUUCAUAAGGAAACUUCAAGCCCUCGCGGCUAAGUACGGCUUCAACACCAUUAUGGAGAAUGCUGGCGUUUUGCAGGUGGAUCUGGAUGGGAAGCCCAUCGCGUUGUACCAUGAUCCUAAACACUCUCACGUAACCAGUGGAGUAAAGAUUGGGAAAUAUCUCUAUUGUGGGAGUCUUUUGGAUUCACACAUACUCCGACUCGAUCUCCUCAAAUAUCCUGCACAAAAGAGGCUUUGAACUCCUCCGCUUAUUGUCAUGUCACUGCCACUCAAUGUAAACCCAUGGUCCAUGACAAAGAUGAUGAUAUGAUCUUUCUUUCUCGAAUAUUAGUAACGUGAAACAGUGAUUCCAAUAAAACUUUCAGUGUGUAGGACAUAGUAAUUCAUAUAUAAUGGUAUGGACCAGUAUAGUAUAUUUGUAACAUAAACCGAUCCAUUCAAAACCAAUUUGAUGGAAUAAGGCUAGUAUAGUUGUAACAUAUAUUAUAAAACGGGUUUUCAUGUUUUUAGUUUUUAUUUGUGUGGGUAAUUUGGUCUUCAAAAUUAUUCUAAAACUAGCCAAAGUAACAUAUUCAGCUCAGCUCAAUCUAUACUAUUAUUUAUAAAGUGAUUUAGCUUAUUUGUCAUGAUUUUCAUGAUUUUAGGUGAUUUAGCUUAUUUGUCAUGUUUUAAUUAGGUUUAAGCUAAGUCAUUAAUUUAUCAAUAGUUUUUAGUUGAGUCUAUAAUUUAUUAAUUUAUAUAAUAUAAUUUAUUAAUUUAUAUAAUUAUUUCAAUUUUGCUUAUUUAUCUUGUUUUACAUGAUUUUAAUCAAUUUUGCUUAUUUGUCAUGUUUUUAUUAGGUUUUAGCUUAGUCACUGAUUUAUUAAUAAUUUUUAGCUGAAUCACUAAUUUAUUAAUUUAAAAACAAUAUCCGUAAUGAAUUUUAUAUAUAAUUAAAAACGAAUUUUGAUUUAAUAAUAUUUAAAUCUAUAUGUUAUAUUAAAAUUCUUAUUUUCUUAUUUGUCAUAUUUUAUUAGGUUUUAAGCUUUUAUAUAGGUCAUUGACUUAUUAUUAGCUUUUAACUGAGUAUUUAUUAAUUUUCACAAAACCCGUAAUGAAUUUUAUAUAUAAUAAAACACACAUUUUAUUUUAAUAAUAAUAAAUUUAUAUGUUAUAUUAAAUAAUUAAUUAUAAACUAAUAUAAUAAAAUUAUGAAAAUAUAUUUAAAAAUUAAGAAAUUUUUUAUAUAUAUUGUGUUGUUAUCUGAAAACAAUACUUUUUCUUAUAAAGUUAAAAAAACUAAGAUAUAAAACAGUUUAUAAUUAAAAAUUAGUUUAUAUUGCCGAUUUUUGGAUUAAUAAGACAUAAAAUAAUAAGUAUUCGUAAGAUGAUUAUGCCCGCAUGUGUGGGUAAAACCAGUGCCGGUCCGGACUUGAAUGGUGCCUAAAGCGCAUUAAAAAAUAAUGCCCUUUAACUAUAUUUAUUUAUUUUAUAUUUUAAGUUUGUUAGAAAAAAUUAUGCAUCUUUGAUUUAGUUUCAAAAGAAAAUUAUGCAAGAUAUUAUCAACUUUUAUUUUCUUUAGAAAAAUAAUUUACAUAAAAAUAAAAGCAUUUUUGAAUUGAUUCUUUUCAUUUUCUAAUUUUUUUUAUUAAUUUUGAAUAAUUAUUUUUUACAAAGUAUGUACUCAUUCACACAUGAUAUAACAUAGUUUAUUUUUAUAGAUUUUAGUUUAAAAAUACUAAAAAAAGAAUAAAAUGUCCAGUGGACAACAAUAAUUAAAUUAGCAAAGACUGAUUUUUUUUAACAAAAUAAGAUAUUGAAAACUAAAACAAACAGAUCGUUAAAACAUAAUUAACAACUAUUAGUUUAUCCAGUUUUAUUUGAAAUUGUAUACUUUAUAUAAAGUAAAAAUAAUUGAGUGGACAAAUGGAAAUAUAAUUAAAAAAAAAACAAACUAUCUGAAAUGGAAGAAAUUAAGAUCU